ACCUCCUCGACCACCACCACCACUGCACAUCAUGUCUGGCCAACACACACUCCCCGACCUGCCGUACUCGUACGACGCCCUCGAGCCGUUCAUCUCCCGCCAGAUCAUGGAGCUUCACCACAAGAAGCACCACCAGACCUAUGUCAACUCCCUCAACGCCGCCGAGCAGGCCUACGCCAAGACUAGUACCCCCAAGGAGCGCAUUGCCCUCCAGGCAGCCCUCAAGUUCAACGGUGGUGGCCACAUCAACCACUCCCUUUUCUGGAAGAACCUUGCACCCUCGUCCUCGGAGGGCAAGGGCAAUGGCGGUGUCCUCCGCGACGGGCCCCUCAAGGACGCUAUCGUCCAGUCCUUCGGCAGCUUUGAAAACUUUAAGAAAGAGUUUAACACCACCACCGCUGCCAUCCAGGGCUCCGGCUGGGGCUGGGCCGGCCUGAACGUCACCACGAAGCGCGUCGAGAUCGUGACGACCGCGAACCAGGACCCGCUCCUGUCCCACGUCCCUAUUAUCGGCGUCGAUAUCUGGGAGCACGCGUUCUACCUCCAGUACCUCAACGUCAAGGUCGACUAUCUCAACGCGAUCUGGAACGUGAUCAACUUCGAGGAGGCCGAGAAGCGCUUCCUCGAGGCUGUCAACGGCUCCAAGCUCUGAGCUGCCCGAGCCUGCCGCUUACGCAUGGGAUGCCGGAGAGAACCCGAAGGGAAAAGGAAAGGAAAGUGAAAAGGAACGACAAGCAUGUAUUUUUUGUACGAAUGAUGCUCAAGACGUGAUACUCAAUGCAAGGGAAGGCUGUUAGGCGCAUGUAAAGCUCUAGUGUUCUUCAGUCGGACGGUGCAUGGUGGGUCGUUGAGCGUGGGUCCAUGAGUCAUCGGUACUUCGCCUCCCUGUCGCUCAAUAUCAGAGGCUAGAUGUGGGCUCUCUGCAGUCUCUUUUGGGCUACUCGCGGUCUUUGCUAGCUUUGCCACUCUUCAUCAAUA